AACUUCUUCUCCGUGACUUGACUUUCUUUCUCCUCAGUGCAAAAGGGAUAUGUAUAUAUUUGAUUACCUUUAGGAUGGUGCAGGCUCAACUCUUCUCUCUCUUCUCUGUCAUUACAGGCACCUUCUCACAACCAUGGUCCAUGACAGUUCCCCCUGUAGUGAACAGCACCAUAGGAGGAGAUGUGGUCCUACCCUGCUCCUUCACCCACCCCAAGCAACAAGACUACUCCAAAGGCAUCACAGUUCAGUGGAUCACCAGACAAUUCCAUGAUACGCCCUUCUUCCAAUGCAAGUUGAAAAAUGUUACUACGGGUGGAAUGAAUGAAUGCUCCGUUCCAGAGUCAUACCAGCGCUUCUCAGUCAAAGGAGACCCUAAGCAGAGGGAUCUCUCUCUCCUCAUCAGAGAUCUGGUGGUCACAGACAAUGGAGUUUACUUCUGCAGAGUAGAGCUGGACUAUUACUGGGGUGAUGGGAAGUGGCAGACUGCCAGCGGCACACAGCUCAAUAUCAUUGCUAAGGCCCAGAUUCUCAGCCUGUCUUGGGUAGAGGCGUCCCUCGGACCAGGCAACGGGAGCCUCAGGUGUGUAGUUGAGGGGAACCCCCCAUCCACCAUCACCUGGUUCUCCUCCUCUAAGGGCAACAUAGACCCAGGUGUCAGCACCAUAGGAACCCACCCAUUUCAGAGGACCAGUUCAAUCCCCUACUUCACCCAGGAAGUGUACACCUGCAGGGCAGAGAACAGCCUGGGGAGGGCAGAGAGACGGUUCCCCCCUGGACCCACUGCGCUGACCGUAGCCCUCUCUGUGUGUGGGGUCCUGCUUCUGCUGCUGCUCCUUGGCGUGGCUUUAUUCUACCUGAGAAAAAGAGGAUACCUGAGAUUCUGCAAUUCAGAAAAGAUUAAGCAGCAAUCUGAUUUGUGCACAGAUCCUGCUAUAGAAAGCCCACAGUCAUUGUAUAAACAUAAUUCACCAGAAGAUGGCGACAUGGAGCUAAAUCUGGUAUACUCAGACGUUCAACUGAACACCACCACUCAAUCACCCCAAAGAAGCUCUCGUGUCCCCAUACCAGAUGAAGGUGUCCACUAUGCUAUUGUGAAGCUGGGGUGAACUGCCGAGGCGCAGCAGAGAGAAUGUAACUCUGGAGGUAUGUCAUAAUGAAACUGACCUCCCUCAUUCUGACAGACAUUUUUCAAAAGUAAUCAACGAGAGUUUAGCAGUCAAUCUUAUUGAAAUUGUUCACAACAUUGGGGCAACUUGGUAUAUUCCGUUUUUAUAUUGUUAUUCUUAUGAAGGUGCAAUUACAUAAUUGCCCUACAAGUGUUAUUGUAACUGUAGUGUUAUUGUAACUGUAGUGUUAUUGUAACUGUAUUGUUAUUGUAACUGUAGUGUUAUUGUAACUGUAGUGUUAUUGUAACUGUAGUGUUAUUGUAACUGUAGUGUUAUUGUAACUGUAGUGUUAUUGUAGGAUAAGUAAUCCUUCUCACCCCCCUUAAAAGAUUUAGAUGCACUAUUGUAAAGUGGCUGUUCCACUGGAUGUCAUAAGGUGAAUGCACCAAUUUGUAAGUCGCUCUGGAUAAGAGCGUCUGCUAAAUGACUUAAAUGUAAUGUAAAUGUAACUGUAGUGUUAUUGUAACUGUAGUGUUAUUGUAACUGUAGUGUUAUUGUAACUGUAUUGUUAUUGUAAUUGUCAAAAAUGUUACUUAAUAACAAUUGUUAUUGUUCCUGAGCGCCAUUACAUCAUUAUACUUCUGGGUUUCCUUUCAAAUAAGUGAAGCGGUUCCUUUUAAACACACGUCACAUGAACCCACAGAAGAACUCCAGCGCGGUCAUUCGCCUCAACCACCACAGAACCAGCUGAUGCUAUCUGGGCAAAACUUCAGUGUAUCUCUGGUUGAGUGUGGUCAUCCACCAGCUCUGCAAGGAACUCUGUCAUCGAACUACUUCUCAUAUUUGUAAGGGGUGUGUACUGGCGGCAGAGAAGUCAGACGCAGGAGAGCAAGAACUGUGUUUCCAAACGGCGCAGUUCAAAAAACAUUUUAACGACCGGAAAACAGAACAAUCAAAUAAUGGGUACAUAACCUGACUCACACCAGGACAGACGUGCACAAGCACUUACAAUAAACAAUCUGACAAGGACAUGAGGGGGAACAGAGGGUUAAAUACACAACAUGUAAUUGAUGGGAUAUAAUAAUCAUAAUAAUACAUAGUAUUUAUAUAGCAAGUCGCUUGGGUCCAUGUCCAUGUUCUUACCA